CGCGGAGCCAGAGCCCGGCGGAGUCUGAGUCGCCGCUGCAGCUGCUGCCGUCUUCGCCGUCUCCGCGUCACCGCAGGUGGGAGACGAGAAUCCAGACCGCGGCCUCCCGUCCCCGCCCGCUUUCAGGAGAGAGAGAGAAAAAAAGUACUUGGGAAAAGUUAUACCUGUCAGUAUUAGCAGGAGCUUAAGAAGAAAUUUGUCAAACAACGAAUUGAAGCUUAACACCACAAGAGUUGUAGUUACUGACCAGAAAUAUGGACAGACUUCUUAGACUUGGAGGAGGUAUGCCUGGACUGGGCCAGGGGCCACCCACAGAUGCUCCUGCAGUGGACACAGCAGAGCAAGUAUAUAUUUCUUCCCUUGCACUGUUAAAAAUGUUAAAGCAUGGUCGUGCUGGAGUUCCAAUGGAAGUUAUGGGUCUUAUGCUUGGAGAAUUUGUUGAUGAUUACACCGUCAGAGUGAUUGAUGUGUUUGCUAUGCCACAGUCAGGAACAGGUGUCAGUGUGGAGGCAGUUGAUCCAGUGUUCCAAGCCAAAAUGUUAGAUAUGUUGAAGCAGACAGGAAGGCCUGAGAUGGUUGUUGGUUGGUAUCACAGUCACCCUGGCUUUGGUUGUUGGCUUUCUGGUGUGGAUAUCAACACUCAGCAGAGCUUUGAAGCCUUGUCGGAGAGAGCUGUGGCAGUGGUUGUGGAUCCCAUUCAGAGUGUAAAAGGAAAGGUUGUUAUCGAUGCCUUCAGAUUGAUCAAUGCUAAUAUGAUGGUCUUAGGACAUGAACCAAGACAAACAACCUCAAAUCUGGGUCAUUUAAACAAGCCAUCUAUCCAGGCGUUAAUUCACGGACUAAACAGACACUACUACUCCAUUACUAUUAACUACCGAAAAAAUGAACUGGAACAGAAGAUGUUGCUAAAUUUGCAUAAGAAGAGUUGGAUGGAAGGUUUGACACUUCAGGACUACAGUGAACACUGUAAACACAAUGAAUCAGUGGUAAAAGAGAUGUUGGAAUUAGCCAAGAAUUACAAUAAGGCUGUAGAAGAAGAAGAUAAGAUGACACCUGAACAGCUGGCAAUAAAGAAUGUUGGCAAGCAGGACCCCAAACGUCAUUUGGAGGAACAUGUGGAUGUACUUAUGACUUCAAAUAUCGUCCAGUGUUUAGCAGCUAUGUUGGAUACUGUCGUAUUUAAAUAAAACAAUGCAAAAGGCUAUUAGUGAUACUUUUCAGCGUAUAUUCCUCUAUUGUUCCUAAUGCUCAAAAUCAAGGGACCUCUGAAGGUGUGUUUGGUUCAAUGUAAGACAUCUGGCAUCAUUUGCAGCACUGUAACACCUUCAGUCUCAGUUGUGCAAUUACUUCUGUUUCUUUGGUCAGGGUCUUUGCAGAUUCCAAAGUUGUAUAAGAAUACAUCAAAGUGGACAAAUUUUGUUAAGAUCCCAUUUAAUAUUUGAAGAAAACAGUAACAAAUAUAUUUUGAUUGUUGCUUACAAAAUAAAAUACAUUUACAAUCUA